AUGGAGUUGGUCCAAUCUACUAGCAAUGUCAUGUCCAUUGAUGAUCCGAGCCUAUUUGAUUGUUUUGAGUUUGAAGAUCAACUCAAUACUAUUCCACCUCUUCAAUUCAGCGAAGUCGAUGCUUUCGUUCCAUUUCCCACCAGUUUCGACGAUCACUGGAUGGAUAUCUCCAAUCUCUCAUCGAACAAUUUCGAUGCCACAAAAUCUUUGCUACCCUUAGUCCCUGAGAAUUACUAUAGAGACCUUCCACCGUUAAAUGAACUCUCAUUCGAUUAUGAAAUCAAUCUUGAUUCCUUCUCUUGGGAUGACAACCUCAGCAUCCCUCGUAACCCUGGCUCAGUGCCUCUUAACACUGUCGAUGAUGAUUCAAUACUUUCCUUCCCCUUCGAGGCGAAGAAAAACUUGGACUACGACGACAUUAACGAAGAUGAGCAUGAUGUGAAAAUUGAGAGAAGGAUUAAUGGGCGAUUGAAGUUGGGAGAGAUCGGUCUUGAUGAGAUAAAGAGCUACUUCUACAUGCCGAUAACAAGAGCAGCCAAAGAGAUGAAUGUAGGGGUGACGUUGUUGAAGAAGAGGUGUAGAGAGCUUGGGAUCCUUAGGUGGCCUCAUAGGAAGAUGAAGAGCUUGAACACUCUCAUUCGUAACGUUCAGGAGCUUGGAAAGGGAUCAAAUGAGGAGUGUAUAAAGAGGGAAUUGGAGUCAUUGGAAGAACAUAGGAGACUGAUGGAAGAAAAUCCAGAGUUAGAAUUAACUGAGAGAACAAAGAAACUAAGGCAGGCUUGCUUCAAAGCUAAUUACAAGAGGAGAAGGGCAAUGCAACAUCCCUACUUUGAUCCCCUCAAUGCAUCUCCUUACUAG